CUCUCCCUUUUAAUUAUUUUCUUAACGACAAAGGAAGUAUAGGCCGAACACCGAAGGCAUUUAGCAUUAAUUCGAUACAUUCUCUCGCUUGAAGAUAAGUUUAAGAAAAGCAUCAGUCUCGUCUCUUCUACGGCGUUUCAGAGAAUCUAAGAGAGAUCAUCGAUGGGUCUUCUCUCCAACAGAAUCGAUAGAUCAAGUUUGAAACCUGGAGAUCACAUCUACUCGUGGAGGACUGCUUACAUCUAUGCCCAUCACGGUAUCUAUGUUGGAGAUGAUAGAGUCAUCCAUUUCACAAGACGAGGCCAAGAAGUCGGAACCGGGACCGUUCUCGAUCUCGUACUCGUAAGCUCAGGCCCAUCACGAGCCCACACGCACUGUCCAACCUGCGUUCCGCCCAACGAAGGCCACGGCGUCGUUUCCUCGUGCCUUAACUGUUUCCUAGCCGGUGGCGUCCUGUACCGCUUCGAGUACUCCGUCAACGCCGCUCACUUCCUCGCCAAAGCCCGAGGAGGAACCUGCACCCUCGCCGUCUCCGACCCUAACGAGAUAACUGUCCACCGUGCCAACCACCUCCUUCGGAACGGGUUCGGGUGCUACGACGUUUUCAAGAACAACUGCGAGGACUUUGCGAUCUACUGCAAGACGGGGUUGCUUGUUCUCGAAGGAAGAAUGACGAUGGGGCAGAGCGGUCAGGCUGUUUCGAUUAUCGGUGGGCCGAUCGCUGCGGUUUUGUCUACUCCGAUGAGGCUUGUGACGACGAACAUCUAUGGGAUGGCGGCGACGGCGGUUAGUGUGUACUGUGCGAGUAGGUACGCUACUGAUAUCGGUAUGAGAGCUGAUGUGGCGAAAGUUGAAGUGGAGGAUCUCACGAGAAGGCUCUCUGUAGGGCUGUUCCAAGUUAUUGAGCCUCCAGUGGCAGCCGUUGCUUUACCAACCACAAGCUGAUAGAUAAAGCUUAAGAGCUUCAUCUACUUCUUGAAUGUUUCAGUGAUUGUAGCAUGUGUUGUUUCCAGUUUACGUUUCGUAUCCAAAACAUUCUAAUAACCACACUCUGCUUGUAUACUUAUACGUUUCUCUACACUACAUGAAAAAUUGAUAUUUCGUGUCAUAUACUA